CUAAGUUUAGUCGCAACGCAAGGGAGUGAAAGUGAAACUCCAUUUGAGACAAGCCCGACAGUUUCGUGCGUUUUGUGCUCAUGAAUCGUUGAACUUUUGUUGUAAUGUCCACAUCAAUGGGAGAGAACUCCAUUUUGCCAAGUGCAAAGUCCUCGAAUGGUGGGAAUAUGGAUUCAGUGCCUUGUAGAGGUGAACAGACCUCCGUUAGGCCUAGACGGGCGCUGGUCACCUUAUCCAAAUUGGCUCAGUUGAUCACUCGUGUUGAAUACAAGCCAAAACACCUGCAGAGCUCUUCCUUCAUCUGCAAAGACUGCAGCAAGACAUUCUCCGACCUAAGUGGCCUUGUACGACACCAGGAAAGAAAGCACGCCCUGCAAAAGCUCAAUAGCUGUCAACACUGUGGCCAAAAGUUUGCUUUGCUCUCUAGUUUGCAGUUACACAAGUGCCAUAGCGCUUCCUCCAUGUGCCAGGAAUGCAGGGACAAACCUCAGUGGGAUUCUUCAUGCCCAACCUGUGGGACUGAACCUUCAGGGUCACAUCACGAUGAUGAAAAGAGUCCCCAUGCAUGCAUCCCAUGUGGCCAGGCAUUCAGCCACAAACAGGAGUUGCUGCACCACCAGCAGGCCGGAGGGUGUCAACAAGCUACAGCACCAACACCUCCAUCACCGUCCUGCACCAGCAUGUCUCUUUCCACAUGCACUUUGUGUUCCAGAACAUUCAGAUCUCUUGCUGAACCUUACAGCCACCUGUGUAAUUUCCAUUCACCAAAAAAGUUAAAGAAGAAGAAGAAGAAGAAGAAGAAAGAUCUCACUACAGAGAUGUCAUUUCCAUGCCGUUCUUGUGACAAGAUCUUCCCCCAAACGUCACUGCUGUAUCAGCACAGGAAAGAGGAACACUGGCGGGACAGCAUGGUCAGGAAACAACAGACUGUGAAGACCACCAGGAAAAGGCGGAGAAGUAAGCCGUAUCCAUGCCUCCAUUGCGGAAAACUCUUCCUGCAUCAUAUGACGCACCAGGCACAUUUCCGGCAUUGCAGCACUAACCAUCAGGCCCACCUCGCUCUCAGCGCCGAAUCAACUGAAGAUUCCAGAGCUGGCAAAGAUGGCAACCCAAAGGCAGCGAAGGGUUUAAAACCUGCGAAGAAGAUCAAAUCCCUCAAAGAAGGUGAACAUCAAGGCAGACCGAAGACCAAAAGCCAGCCAGCUUUGAAGGAUAGCAAGGAGGAGGAAACUGAUAAGGAGGAUGAUGAAGAUGGCAAGUAUCCUUGUGCAUCAUGUGAAGAGGUUUUUAGAACCGUAGCUGCUCUAAAAGUCCAUGAGAACGUUCAUCCACCAGCCGACACAUGUAAGCGUUGUAGUGUGUGUACAGGUGGAAUGCCUCUCUCUCAGAUUCCAGAAGAUUGUCAAAAGAGUAUCUUUCACUGUGUGCCUUGUGCCGAAGCUUUUAUGGCUCUGGACACUUUUCUGGAGCACUGCCAGAAACAUCUGCUACAUGACAAAGAUGACGAUGAAGAUGAACUCAGUGAUGACUGAGAGAUCAAACAUCUUUUUGAGGGCAUGAAAAUCCUACUGCACAAGUGCUCGAAAAUGUUUCAGAAUAUCAGGAACCUCAGAUUUGUCAGCCGUUUUUGCUUUGCUUUGUAUAAAUUGGCUAAACAUGAUAUACAUUGAUUAACUUGCUCCCAAUACGUUGAGCUGAACUGCCAUAGAAAUAGUAGAGGCUGUUGAUGAUAAUGACUAGCCAAAAGUUCUGACUGUGCUUUUAUUUUGAUACGGGUACUUUAAAGUUAAAACCACCAUAAUUAGGAUGGAUGUUUUCACAAAAGCAAAUAUUAAACUGUGAAACAGUGAUUUUUUUUUUUUUUUUUUGGGCAGUCAAGUUUGGGGACAUAUCUUGUGAUCUUCAGUAUUUAGCUACUGAACUAUUUCAACAGAUUUUAUUAUAUUUGUUUGUCUUUAAAGGGAUAGAUCACCCAGAAAUGUAAUUCUGUCAACCAUAACCUCACUCACCCUCAUGUUGUUCCAAACCUUAUGAAGGAGAUGUAGGGCAGUAGGUAAGUCUCAGUCACCAUUUACUUUAAUUGCUUUAUUUUUUCCAUACAAUGAAAGCGAGUGGUGACUGUGGCUAACAUUCUGCCUAACAUCUCAUUUUGUGUUCUACUAAAGAAAGUCAUACAAAAACAAAAUAAGGGUGAGCAUAUGAUGACAGAAUUCUCCUUUUUGGUUGAACUAUCCCUUUAAGCAUUUCUAAGAUGUCUAAUCUUCUGGUUCUUGUACUCUUUGUAUUUCUUAAAUAGCAUGGAAUGAUGUAAGCUUUAUUCUUUAAAACAUUUAACCAAAAAUCACAAAGCCGGAGAAUUUGUAUUGUCUGGGCAUUAAAGUCUUAGGUAUAUUGUUCUAACAUCUGUCUAAAGUCUAACAUGUUCAGUUGUAAUGUUAUUAGCCUAUUCUGACAUUAUAUAUUAUAUACUGUACGUGAUAGUUCACCGAAAAAUGAAAAUGCUCUCAUAAUUUACUGAAUCUCAUGCCAUUCCUGAUGUGUAUGACUUUCUGUUUCUGCUGAACACAAACAAAGAUUUUUAGAAGAAUAUCUCCACUCUUUAGGGUCAUAUAAUUCUAGUGAAUGGUGACCAAAACUUUGAAGCUCCAAAAAGCACAUAAAGGCAGCAUAAAAGUAAUCCAUGUCUUCUGAAACGAGCCAGUAAGUUUUAGGUGAGAAGAGACCAAAAUGUAACUUUUUUCACUGUACAUCUUGACAUCAGCAGUCUCCUUGGCGAUUAUGAUUUCAAGCUCAGUUGCACUUCCUAGCGCCAUCUAGCGCUCUGUGCAUGCGACAAGCACUAGGAAGUGCAAUCGAGCUUAUAAUCAGGAUUGUGCCUAGAGUCUGCAAUGGCAUGAUAUACAGUGAAAAAGGAGUUAUUAUUUGGUCUGUUUUUACCUAAAAUCAAUUAGUUCGCUUCAGAAGACAUAAAUUAAACCACUGGAGUCUUAUGGAUUACUUUUAUGCUGCCUUUAUGUGCUUUUUGGAGCUUCAAAGUUUUGGUCACCAUUCACUUGCAUUAUAUGGACCUACAGAGCUGAGAUAUUCUUCAUACACACCUGGGAUGGCAUGAGGGUGAGUAAAUGAUGAGAGAAUUUCAUUUUUGGGCGAACUAUCCCUAUUAACUUUAUGCUAUCAGACCAAAUAUUAUUAUUGAGAUUUAGAUUCUUCUGAAUUUGAUUACAGUUUAGAGCAAAACAUUUAGUACAUCAAUUGCUAGGGUAACCAAUCUUUGUUUAAAUGCUUUAGAAAAUCAGAAGCAAUUACUAUUUUUCAGAAAUUACUGAUCUAAAAGGAAAACUCGUACUGCAAAACUAUGUGCAGUUAGAGUUAGACCUCAGAUCUGUCCAUUCAGGUGACCCUCAAAGCAGAAUAUUUUUUUAUAUUCUAAAUCAGGCAUUCUUUUUGUUUCUUAAUUUGUUUCUGAGUUUGUACAUUUCAACGUCUGCUGACUAACAUUUUCUUUUACCAGCACCAAAUAGACUAAUGAUGCAGUGUUUUUAAGCUGCCAUUUUUGCUUGUUGUUUAUUUUGUUUUAAACAUGGUCUUGAAACACUGUGUAAAAAGCCACUUUAUUGCAUACUUUACACAUGUUAAGUGCAGAUUUAACAAUUUGGCUCAUUGGUUCUUUAAUUAUGAAUAUAGACUGGAGGCAUUUUGAGUUUAGUUCUCUGUAUUAUUCUCUGUGGGUGUAUUUACAUGCAGCUACCUCCAGUUUUAACUCCUUUGUCCCUAGAUGUGUGAUUUUUUUUUUUUUUUUUUUUUUCUUCCUCGAAUAAUUUCUCAUUAAAAUUUACCUCAUGUUUAUUGUGUUACAUAGAUAUUGUUUUUGAAUAAAUUUUUAACAUAA